CUUUGACUAAGUCAGGUAACCACCCAGCUCAUAUCAGAUGUGAGAGGAAGGCAGCGGGGGAAGACACACAUCCUCAGUUUGUCUAUACGCUCUUUUUAAACUGAAUUGCUUUUUGAGUCUACCAGGAACCAGACACAGAUUCUACAGGCAGGAGGGUCUUUUCACCAUGGCUCCAAAAGGAGGAACAUUUUUAUUUCUCCUUAUUGUGGCCUGUGCAGUCAUGGCUAACCUCCCAACUAUGAAGCCUAAUGAACAUGACUACAAGGACAUGGCCAAAAAACUGAUGGCGAAGUGCCAGAAACAGGGAUACCAGGUGCCUAAGAUGAUGCUGCUGAACACCGUUUUUGAUAACAGUAAUUUGCCUAUGAAUGACAGAAACGCUGACACAUCCAACCCCACCCUUACCGCUUUUCUUGAUGUCCUGAGUUCUGCCACUGGGUACCCAAACAAAGAUUCAAUUAGCCAAAAGCCCAUGGAUGAUUCAGAUAAAAUGACAACCCAGAUGUGGAAUUGCACCCAUCUUACACAAAUGAUCAGGCAGAUGAGGAACUGCUCUGAGGCAUCUGCGUGUUACAUGAGGGCAUUUGUGGCCCUCAAGUCCUGGAAGGCUUUAAUCACACAGGGUGAAAACAACAUGGACCCAGACGACUAUGACACAUUGCUGUGGGCUGCCAAACCUGCACUGGAGGAUAUGGCCUCCUCAGGAGUGAGCCUCCCUCCCAAAGUAGAUGGCGGAAACAUGAAAAAGAUGAUGAUUACGCUGCGGGAGGUGCAUGCUACCAUGUCUGACGAUCAAAGGAGCGAAGUGGCAAAAUGGGCAAAAGAGCAGAUCGCUCAGAAUAACUUCAACUGCACAAUGAUGCCACCAUCUGACUCAAGAUCAACACAUAUGGAGCGCUGCAAACCUUCACUGGAAUGGCUGGACUUGGACGCGAUGACCGAGAUGGGGCCUUACCUCUCCCAUUUAGCAUCAAGUGAUCUUGAUUCUUCUCCAAAAGAAAAGCUGUGUGAAUUUUUCCACUCAACCAAGCUCAAAUCCAGCAUUAGCGAGACGACCAAAAUAAAACCCAGCCUGGGCACAACGUUUCUCCAAAAAGUUAAGGAGUGCUUCGGGGGAAAGAUGGAGUUCGCACAGCAUGUGGACAAGCUUGGUGCACUGGCUUGUUUUUAUUUCGACCCACCACACUUAACUUCUGACCUCGCCAAGAAAUUCCUCUCUGAGCUUGACAACUGCGAAGGCCCCAGAAUCACAUCGGUGAAGAAGCACCUCGUAAAGUCUCUGUUUGCAAAUUCCAGCCCUGCCGAAGCACUAACUGAGCUGGGCAGCAGUGUUACCUUGUUGACCCCCAGACAACUGUCUGAAAUCAAUGGCACUGAUCUCAAAGAGGUUCUGAAAAAGCUGGGUGAUAAGGUCAAAUGGACAAAGGCCCAGCUGCGCACUCUGGUCAAAAAACAGCUGGGCGAUGACGAGUGUAAAGACGUGUCAGGUGAGGAGCUGAAGGCGCUUCAGUCAGUCGCAGAGGGUGUGCCGAACUGUGUCCUCAAGCGCGUUAAAGCCCGGGAGAUCCUGGAUGACACAGAGGCUCUGAAGAACAUCUCCAAGCGGAUGAAGAAGGCACAACUGAAGGCCAUGCUGCAGGGGCUGCAUAAGGAUAUGGAUCCCUCAGAGCUGGUGAAGAAGUUGUCCGGCCCUUUACUUCACAGUGUUUCUCUAAACAGACUGGAAAAAGCAAACAUCACCUCUUUGGAAGAAGUGGGGAAUAAAACAUGGAGUCAGUCACAGGCAGCAUACCUGGCAAGAAAAAUGCAAAAACUAAAAAAGAAUCUUCAGUUUUGGAAGCUGCAUUCAGUGAUCCAGGGCAUAACCUGUAAGAUGGUCGACAACGUUGCUGACAGUGACACUCGGGACAUGGCUGAGGCCAUGACAGAGACUCCACAGUGGCUCUCCAAAGUGCAGGCAGGAUGUGCUGCCCGAAAGCUUUUUGUGACUUUGGAGAAAGAGAGAGCCGACUAUUUCAAAACCAUCACAGGGGACGAGCUGGGCAGAAUUCCUACCUUGUUACUUAUUCACCUGUGGCCUUCCAAGGUGAAGGAUUUGCCUGACUCUGUGUGUCCCAUCUUCCUCGACAAGAUGGAAAUGGCCAACCUGAGCUCAUUGUCUCUUCAUGCCCCGUCUCGCCCUGCGCUCACCCAGAAGGCCCUGCACUGCCUGGCCAAUGGGACAGAUUUAUCCGUACUGACCACUAACGAUAUGUCCAGGCUCGGACCGCUCUUGUGCGAGCUGUCGGCUUCCCAACUGCGCCUCAUGGCCCCUGAGGUCAUCAACUCCAACCUCCAGGCCAUGGCUUCCUGCCAGCACAUUCCUAAAGACCACAGGGCAGAUCUAAUUCAGCUGGUCAACCAGACUUUUGGGAAUCCAUCUGAUUGGUCCCCUGAGACAAUGGAAAUGCUCAGUCCUCUCCUCAUUUUGGAUGAUAAUGCCAUAUCUGCUCUGCCCAAUAAGCCGUGGAUGAAGGACAUUCUCUAUUUUCUGGAGUCACGUAUGUCCCUAAGCUCAGACGCCCUGAGAAAGAAACUCUUCAGUCUCGCCACCACCUCAAACACCACAUCAAAUGCAGUGCGUAGAAAGAGAGCAGCUGACAGCAACAAUGGUAGUGACCAUGAUAAAGUACCCACUGUGCAGUUGAUCGAAGAAUUGCAAAUGGAGAACGUCUACUGGACGGCUGCACAGCUGGACCUGAUGUCAAAGGACACCUUCCUCGCCACUGUAGAAAUACUUGGGUCCAUCUGUAACUACAAUGCAGACCAACUGGCCGUGCUCAGUAAAAAAGCAGCUCAGGCCUUUGGACCAGUGUCACAAAUGACUGAGAAUGAUGUGAUGCAGAUGGGAUGUAUAACUCAGGGCCUCUCUGACGCAGACCUGGAGAAGCUCCCCCUCCCUCUGGAUGCUAUGGAGGGAAUUGCCCACUGCGGCUGGAAUGAUUCACAGAUGGAGCCGUUAUGGAAGGGUGUUGCUAAAUAUAACAACCUGACAGCGGAGAAGCUGGAAGCUGCAGAGAUGGUGGCACUGAACCGGUCCAUCUGUGGCCUCAGCUCCACUGAGAUCCAACAGCUCAACAAGGAAGCUUUCAAGGAUGCUGUGGGCUCAAUGGAUGGUAUUCAGUGCUCCUUCAAGGUUACACAGCAGCUGAAAACUCUUGCUAUGUCAGCAUUUGGAGAACCCAGCUCCUGGACUGAAGCGCAAGUGGCCGACUUAGGCAACAUCAUUGCUGGAUUGGAUGCAAAUGAGUUGGCUUCUUUGGACCCACCUGUCUUUUCAUUUGUCAAGGGCACCUGCAUCCCACGCAUACCACCAGACAACUUUGCUGCACUCUCUGUUGUUCAGCUGCAGGCUCUUGGUCCUGACAACGCUGCUGUGGUAACUGCUGAACAGCGAGCUGCGCUGGAGAAUGCCCAACAGGAUGCUCUUGACAGGGCUGUUACCGGGUCCUCUGAGCAACCAUCACGCACCAGCGAGUCAGGAGCUCCAUCACUGAGUGUCGAGGGGAUCUCUGCUUUCAUGAAACCCAUUCUGUUUCUCCUCAUGGGUUUCCUGCUGCUGUGAGACCAGAGUCACCACAUCUGUCUACAAAACCUGCAGAAGCUUUAAUUAACCACACAGUCUCAUUUCUAUCAUUUCCAUUAUUUCUAUUAUAUUAUUCUAUUAUAGAGCACUUGUGACACCAUUUAAUUCUUCAAGUUUAUCUUAUUUGAGAUGAAGACAUGCUUCUCCUAGAUUGAUUGUCUGAGAUAAUUUUUGUGUGGAGGAGUGUACACAACACAACAUAAUCAAAUGACCAGGUAAGAUGUGUUGGGAUUCUUUAUUAUUACUUUUUAUCAAGUUCAUUUUUAAAUAUAUCGCUAUAUUUAUGAGAAAGUAUAUUUUAAUAGAAGAAAGAGAGAUAUUAUGUGUCAGUCUUGGGAUAUCUUAAGAUCUCACAAUUUGCAUAUUUGACACUGUACUAACAAAAUGGAGGAUGACAAAUGAUUCAA